ACGUCAUGAAUAUUUAAAAAUGGCUGUGGAGGUGUUGCUGAGUGCUACUAAGAUAUGUAGUUACUUUGUCAGGUCUGCAGCCCUAUCGUCAUUUAAAUAAUAUUUCGCUUAACGUUAGUCCAAACAAUAGGCUAUGUCUGUGGGCCUGCUGGAGUGAAAGCAACAGACAUAAUGUUAACUCUGUCAAAGAACAACGACAAAGUGGGAGCUGAGCCGUCCGAGGUGGGGACGCUGCAGGAUUUUUGUCCGAAGCUGCAGCUGACUAGCUUCGCGGACGGUAAAUAAAAUGGAAACAGCAGAACUAGGAGAUGGGGUUCUUGAUUUUCCAAUCGAUGUCAACGAAAAUGAAGAGGCAGUUACAUCUUACGGUUCACACGUCGACUGCAAUAUAAUAGCGAAGUCUCACCCUUUCAACGACAACAGAAGCCGGCCAUGCACUGUCGAGAAUGGUCAAGCGGGUUAUGUUUAUAUAGCCAGUAAGGGGAAGAAUACUAUCGUAGACUGCGUCGUUUUGCCCUCGCAUGAAGUCCGAGUUGGGAAUACAAUAAUGUUGGAUUUGGUUACAGAAUUUCUUCCUAGUCAGAGUCAUGAAAGUUGUGUAAUUUCAGACCUGUGCAACGACCACAGAUGUAAUGGAUUUAUUGACGCUGACAGAAGGGCCCUUUCCUCCCCAGACACCGCUACAAGCGCAUACAGACAAGAGGGUAACAGGAUGUUACUGCAGCUGGGUCAUGUUUCAGAGCGAGGUGAAUUUAGGGAUUGCGUGGGGGAUACUCGAGAUUUAAAUUCGGACAAACUGAACAUGGGGGAUUCUAAUCCAGGACCACUGAUUCCAUCUCUGUCAUGUUCAGACAACCUUGAACAGAGUUGCACUUGCACAACCCCUGGUGAUUCAGACAUGAAGAUUUCCAAUAGCGAAACGGAUUAUUUAUCCAGUGACGAUUGGUCUACAGAUGUAGAUACAGAUUAUUGUAGCCAGGUAGACACCCACAAACUGCUAUGCCAAGACAUAGACCAGCUUUACUUUUCUGUCAAGGAAGUAAAUGUAGCAAAUGAUGGCCUACAUAUUGCAAAUGCUGAAGCAACAAGUGCUUGUGUUGCUGUUUCCUCAAACGUUCCUUUAAAUGAGGUUGCUUUUAAUCCGCAGCUCCAAAACAUCGAGUCACCUCCAUCAUGUAAGAGGAAUAGUGGGGGGUUGAGGCAUGGAGAUACAGAGGAAGUACUAGCUGCUGCCAAGACCCUUAAUGCUGGGAGCGAUGUUCUGAACCCUGAGGAUGUACCCUCAGAAUCUAGUGCCAAACUCCAGUCUCCCUGCCUGUCAACACUUUCUGAACACAUCAGCAUCACUGAGCCCAGCACUAGAGAGGACUUGAGUGAGUGCAGUCUCCCAACUAGGCCUCUUAACCUCAGGACGGACCCACACAUCACCGUCACUCUUAGCUGCGAUGCCACCCCUCUCAGCCCUGAAGAUGGAGACAUGUUUUUCAGGGAUGAGGGGUGCAUCGACUGUCGUCGUCAAAGUGCCCCAGAGAAACUCCCAGAUGGGUUGACAUCUCUGCCCUCCUCUUCAAAGAAGUUUGGAAUCUCAGAAUUUUUCACCAGGAGCCUGUUUUCUAGGAAGCCCAAAGAGCCCAAGUCACCUUCCCAGGUUGGUCCAGGGUGGAAAUUGUUUGGAAAGGUCUCUGUAAGAGAGAAGACUGAUAUAGAGACUAAAGACAACUUCACCAUCCAGCAGGAGUGUUCACUGAAGGAGCGAUCGUCCACACGCCCACAGGCCCAGGUCUCUGUAACACGGAGGAAAAACCUGGAGUUUGAGCCCCUCUCCACCACAGCUCUAAUUCUAGAGGAUAGGCCACCGAACCUUCCUGCUAAGUCGGUUGAGGAGGCGUUGCGCCACAAACAGGAGUAUGAUGAGAUGGUGGCAGGAGCCAAGAGAAGAGAGAUGAAGGAGGCCCAGAGGAAGAAACGUCAGAUGAAGGAGAGGUUUAAACAGGAGGACAGCAUUGCCAACGCCAUGAUCAUCUGGAAUAAUGACAUCCUACCCAACUGGAACUGCAUGCGUAACACGCGCCGGGUCAGAGAGCUCUGGUGGCAAGGCCUCCCGCCCAGCAUCAGAGGACGAGUCUGGAGCCUGGCCAUCGGCAACGAGCUCAAUAUCACCCCUGAGCUCUAUGAGAUAUUUCUGUCUCGGGCUAAGGAGAGGUGGAGGUGCUUUAAUGAGACCAUCUUGGAUAAUGACGUGCAGGACUUGGGAUCAUUGCAAGCCGAUAGAGAGUCGAGUCUCGACCUGAUAAAGCUGGACAUCUCCAGGACAUUUCCCUCUCUGUUUAUAUUUCAGAAGGGUGGGCCCUAUCAUGACCUCUUGCACAGUGUUUUGGGGGCGUACACGUGUUAUAGACCAGAUGUGGGCUAUGUCCAGGGAAUGUCAUUCAUCGCUGCAGUUCUUAUCUUAAAUUUGGAGGAAGCUGAUGCUUUCAUUGCCUUCGCUAACCUGCUCAACAAGCCCUGUCAGAUGGCCUUCUUUAGAGUGGACCAUGAGUUGAUGUUGAAAUACUUUGCUGCUUUUGAGGUGUUCUUUGAAGAAAACCUCCCUCGGCUAUUCAGUCACUUUCAGAUCAACAACCUUACCCCAGAUCUCUAUCUCAUAGACUGGAUCUUCACCCUGUACAGUAAGUCCUUGCCAUUGGACGUGGCUUGUCGUGUGUGGGAUGUGUUCUGUCGGGACGGGGAGGAGUUUCUGUUCCGAACAGCCCUGGGCAUCCUGCGCCUGUACCAGGAUGUCUUACUGCAGAUGGACUUCAUCCACAUUGCCCAGUUCCUCACCCGUCUGCCUGAAGGCAUGGCCCCUGACAGCCUGUUCAGCUGCAUCGCUGCCACACACAUGAUCAGCAACAACCGCAAGUGGGGCCAGGUCUUCUCUGCAUUGACGAAGGAUGGUAAUAAGGAAAUAGCCAACCACAGUCCUGCUCUAAGAAGCUAACAGUUUACAGAUUAACCCGGUACCUAAUGUUUUUCUGAAUGUAUGACAUGGACUCAUUCAAUUUCCUCUGUGUAGUAUUGCUUAGAACAGGAUUGCUUUGACUGGUUAUGAAAUGGAUACCAAAUGGAUAAAUGCUAGGACUAAUGAGAAAGUAGCAAUACUCAAAGAUGGCACCGGCAUUGUCACCCAGAGUGCAUCAGAGAACCAAUAACAGCUGUGAAGCUUGAAAUCCGACGUGUAUGUUUUAGUAAGCCUGUAAAGCUCAAUUAUUUUUGUGUGAAAAUAUGUGUUUAUAAGGUAAGAGUCGACAAACUAAGGCCCAGGGGCCAGAUAUGGCCUGCAGGCCAAUGCAAUCCAGCCCUCUGUAGGUUUGGGUAAAAAACUCUUAAACAUGAAUUUCAAAAUCCUGAUCUGUUAUUUGAUCAGAAAUGUUUGUCCACCCCUGGGUUAAACAACAUUUCUCCAUAUUUUAAAUGUGAACUUGAGGAUAUUUACUUGUAUACAUGUAGUAUAUGUUUAUAAGUAUUGAUAUAUGGUAUUUUUUUUCCAGAUACACUAAUUAAAGAGGACCCUUGGCAUACAGUGGUUCUGAAAUAAGAAAUACCAUUGGUAAACUAAAGUGAGACACUAAUGUCAUAAAUAUAGCAGUGGCCUCCUGUUCCCAUGUACUUCUGCACCAUGGGUUCAAUUUGAACCCACUGUCCAAUCUGCAAUUUGUUUUCCUACUUUCCUGUCUUAAGUGUAAAAUAUCCAAAUAAUUGAACCCUGAGUGGCUCAAUUAUCAAUACUGAACAGUAACUACAAUAAAUGUGCAGUUACAAACGGAUCUGGACCCUGAUCCAAUACUUCUAUCAUCUUCUACCAUUGUGCUCUUGAUCAGUGCACCAAGUAAAAUAACGACUAUGUUAGGCUGCUGUAUAAAACACCCAUCAGCCCCUCUGUCUGAAGAGCUGCUUGGUGUACCGACACUAGAUCCAACCCUGAAUCGCAUCUAAGCUUUUCAAGGUAUUGUCUUGUAAUUUAUGGUUAGGCUACAAUGUAGUUAGUGGGGAUUGGGUGGGGGCCUGCGCACAAUAGUUCUCCAAAUGGAUGGGUUCAAUGGAUAUGUAAGAAAGGGGAAAAAAAAGACUGGUCUUUUAUUAAAUGAUUCCCCAACUUGAAUCGUGGACCAAAUGCAUAAGCUAGGCUACUUGAAUAUGUAUAGGGUAGCCAUGGUGACUAGAUAUGUUUUUCUACAAACAUUAAUCAGAAGUGAUCUGUUAUAUAGGCCCAGCAUGUUUGUUGAUUCUGCUAAUUAACUGUAUUUUGGUGGAGGUGUGACUACUGCUGAUGACAUUUAAUGCUUAGCUAAAAAAAAAAUUGAAAUAAUGAUAACUUAGUCAGUUGUUAAAAUGGUAUCUAGUUAGUUUGUUGUCUGUCAUUAUUUUGUAGGCUAAGUCAUGCCAUUCGCUCACCUCGAGCAACAUCUGAUUUGCGUACUGGCACACAAUACGCAAGAGAAUUUGCAUGCACAGCUUCUCGAGACCCGUUGGAGACGAGGGUCAGAGAGGAGGCGCCUAUGGCCUUCUCAGUCACUGCGUUUUUGUAGGGAUACGGGGAUAGGAGACCCAAAGAAUUCAAACGGAACAGCGCAUUUUCUUUACUUACAGAUGUUUACUAACACUUUGAUAAACAGAAUUCAUGGACAAGUGGCAGGUAGAAAGUGAAAUCAUUAUUCACUACAUUAAUGCCUACAUUGCUAUUAAAAAUAUAUAUAUCGAUGAAGCACUCCGGACAGCUCCGGCACUAGUCGAGCACCCAAAGGUUAGGAUACCUGUAUGUGGUUGCAAAAGACAAAUUUGCAUUGGUAGCGUGCUUCGGAAAGCUCUGGCUCAAGUCAAGCUCUGGAUUGUUCUGAGUCACAAAAAAGGAAAAUGAGCUCACACAGAACCAAACAAUAUGGAAGCAUUGUUAUUAUUUGCGAGAGUUAGUGCUAAAGUGAGUCCAAUUAGGACAAGUCAAGUUCAUUUAGCACAUGUACUGUACCUUGAAUUUGUCAACAACCACCCAUAGUCCAGCCAUCCUUAACAGUUGCAUCAUGUAGCUUUGGUCUACAUGCCAUCAUUGGUAUAAACAAGUUGUGUAUUCAACCUGUCGCCUCACAACCACAUUAACAGUGUGAAUGCAAAGCUGCUUUUAUCACACAGAUCAGUUGAACGCCUUGGGAUGGAGCUUUGAUGGCAGUCUGGAUGCUAGCUAUUCCACUAAUAAUUUUUAGCAAUCCAAUUCAAGCUAAUAAACCCCAAAAGGCUUAUGAAAAUAAAUAAAAAAGCACUAUACAAAGCACAGUGUGGCAGAUUUUCACCAGAGAAAUUGAAGCAACAUCAUGGAUUGUUAUCAUAGGUAAUUAACAAAUGUGUACAAAUUAUAAGAACAUUGCAUUCCUUCAUGAAUUAUAAAAAAAUUAAUUCAAAAUUAUUCUCAACUUCAUUCACACAUUUAAAAUAUUGCCCCACGCAUUUAAAAUAUUUCCCCAAAUUUGCCAGUCUUUAUUUGGAAAGCAGUUCUUGUGUUCUAGCACUUGGUUUGCAUAAAUUUACAAAGACAUUGAUGCACAUUUGUGCAUACACGAUUGAUUAUUGCAUCCCCUAAAGCGUAUGAGAAAACAGACUUAAUAGUGCAAUAUGAAUUUCAAGGGGCAUAUGGUGUUUUUAGUGAAAUGUGUUUGAAUGACUAAUUACUGUUGAUUGAAAGGUGAAUUCUACUAUUUUACCACUUAGGUUCUCAGUGUUAAAUUAGUCCAUGGACAAUGAAAAAAUGUAAUUCAUGGUUCAGAUUCCUGUAAACGGCCAUUACAAACUUCAGCUAACUUUAGCCGUAAAUGAAAUGGGGGCAUGUGAUUUAAAAAAAAUAUUUAAAAAAAAUUAAUAAUAUAUAUACACAUUCAUCUAAAUGAUUAUUAGG